GUCUUGUGCUCCAACAACAUGGCGGAUAAGAGCACCCUAAAGGGCGUCCCAGACGACGCUGCUAGUUCAGAAGAUGACGACUACGAUCCUGAGGCCGACGUGGAAGGACAGCUGGAAGAUGCGCUCGACGCCAAAGAUGAAGCUGAAUAUGAGCGACAACAACUGAGCAAAAAGGGCAGUGCCACGCAAGUAGAAAUCGCAGGAAAGCGUAAAGUGGACGAUCUGUGGGGCGAACUUCAGGCGGCCACGUCUGUGUCCACAAAAGCAUCGACCAAGAGUCAGCAGCUCUUGAACAAGCUCCUCGGUGGAACCUCGUCCAAGAAGAAGAAGCAAAAGGUGUACGAGUUCAAAGUCCCAGUCCUCGGGUGCACCCCGACGUCCGCCUUGACAUCCCCCACAGACCUUCCAACAACCACCGCGGCUCCUGCCGUAACGACUCAAGUGCUCAAGUAUGCCGGCGAGGAAUAUAGCGUGACCAAGUCCGCCGCGACGGGACCUCGCGCGUCCGGCCUCGAUGCCGCCCUCGCCUCGAUAAACCAACCGAAGAAGGUGUCGACGAUCGAAAAGUCGAGCUUGGAUUGGGACUCGUAUAAGGACAAAGCCGGGAUUGCGGACGAACUGACGCACUACACGAAGGACGGGUACGCAUCCCUUGAAACGGAAUCGCUCGUCGGGCUGACGAGAUGGCGUCUAGGUACUUGGAGAAGCAGGACUUUUUGCACCGCGUGGAUGCGCGCAAGUUUGAGUUGGAAAAAGCAGAUCGCGACAAGCAGCGCAAGCUGAACCCGUCAUAACCAACAGAUGCUUCCAUCCAGCACAUGACAGUUGUCUCUGGCGCAUCUCAACCACUUGCAGCUUAAAGUACGUCAUCUGCGCUCGCAUUCUCGUGCCAAUUGCCGCCACGUGCGCGGAAUUCGAGUCAUGUUGGACAUUGAUCAGAGCGGCCGCGACGCUCCCCAGGGCCAAGUGUUUGUCGGUCGUGGCGGCAGUCUGUCGAUAGACCACGCCAUGAGCAUUCAUGAGGGCACUUGGAGGAUGCGACGUCCCCGCGAAAAUGCAGUCCGUUUCGCCGCUGUGUUUGCCGCCACAGCUGAGACUCGAUACCACCGGCAGUGGACUCGACAAUACGCUUCUACGACCGAAAACGCAAAGCCAGCCGCAGGGAGGUGGCUGUCCCUCUCCACGGCUCGUGAGAAUCGGC